UUUAUUUUUGUAUUUUCAUACUACGGAGUAGUAUUUAUCUCCUCCUAUAUAUAUCGGUUAUUGCGGCGGAUAAUUAAGUAACCAUAACUCAACCACACUUUUCUCUCAAAGUUCGUUUCAACUCUACUUAUCCCGGAAAGUCGGAAACAUUUCAGAAUCAAUCGAACGAACUAAAAAUGAAGCUCUUAUCAGAAAGAGCGACAUGUAAUUCGCAUGGCCAAGACUCCUCCUACUUCCUCGGAUGGCAAGAAUAUGAAAAGAACCCUUACCAUGAGAGCCGCAAUCCCAAAGGCAUUAUCCAAAUGGGUCUCGCCGAAAAUCAGCUCUCCUUCGACCUUCUUGAGUCUUGGUUGGCUCAAAAUCCCGAGGCCGCCGCCUUUAAGGGUGACAAUGGAGGCCAGUCCAUUUUCCGGCAGCUUGCACUCUUUCAAGAUUAUCAUGGCCUUUCUUCCUUCAAGAACGCUAUGGUUGAGUUUAUGUCAGAAAUCAGAGGAAACAAGAUCUCAUUCGAUUCCGACAACCUCGUCCUCACCGCCGGCUCAACUCCGGCCAACGAGACGCUAAUGUUCUGUCUCACCAACCCCGGCGACGCUUUCUUACUCCCCACUCCAUACUAUCCAGGAUUUGACAGAGACUUGAAAUGGAGGACCGGAGCAGAGAUUGUUCCCAUUCAGUGCUUCAGCUCCAACGGUUUCAGGAUUACUGAGUCCGCAUUGCAAGAAGCUUACUUAUCCGCCCAAAAGCGGAACCUUAAAGUCAAAGGCGUUCUAGUCACCAACCCAUCCAACCCAUUGGGAACAACAUUGACCCGAGAAGAGCUAGAUCUUCUCAUUACCUUCGUCGACGAUAAGGGAAUCCAUCUGAUCAGCGACGAGAUCUACUCCGGCACCGUUUUUGACUCCUCGGCCUUCGUCAGUGCCAUGGAGGUUCUCACGGAAAGGAUUCAAAACAAAACUGUCACCCAUGACAGCGUGUGGGACCGGGUUCACAUCGUGUACAGUCUCUCCAAGGAUCUCGGGCUCCCGGGUUUUCGGGUCGGGGCGAUUUACUCCAACGACGAGAUGGUCGUGUCGGCGGCUACGAAAAUGUCGAGCUUCGGCUUGGUUUCUUCUCAAACGCAGUACCUUCUAUCCGCCAUGCUCUCUGACAAGAAGUUCACGAAGGAGUACUUGACAGAAAACCAGAAAAGGCUGAAGCAGAGACACGCGAUGUUGGUCGCCGGACUCCGGGAAACCGGAAUCCAGUGCCUGGAGAGCAACGCUGGACUGUUCUGCUGGGUUGACAUGAGACAUCUCCUCACAUCACAAACUUUCGAAGCGGAAAUAGAGCUAUGGAAGAAAAUCGUUUACCAAGUCCGGUUAAACAUCUCGCCCGGAUCUUCUUGCCAUUGUACCGAACCGGGUUGGUUCAGAUUUUGUUUUGCCAACCUGUCAGAGGACACUCUGAGUUUGGCGAUGCAACGGAUAAGUUCAUUUGUGGCGGCGGCGGAAACCCAGCCGCUGAGAACUCAGGAGUCAAAGAAGAAAGGAUUCUCCAAAUGGGUUUUUGGGCUAUCAUCCAAUGACAGUCAAAGAGAACGAUAGUCUGGCUUUUUGGCUAAUUAAUUAGUCCUGGCCUAAUUUCUCCCGAAACUGUAAAUAAUACUUUCUUUUUCCAUUAAUCUUUUUUAGUCAACACUCUGACCUAAUGAGUGUUGACUUUUGACUCAAUACUUCGGUGUUGAUCGUGAUUUUUGGACGAUAUAUCAAUAGUUUAGAACUUGAGAGUAACACAUUGGUGGUCUCAAUUCUGUAUUGCUGAGAACUUGAGAAAUAUGUUUCCCUUUUACUUGUAAAGAUCUCAUGGUGCACAUAAUAAUAUUAGUAGUUACUCAUUUCAAGGAUAA